GUAUUAGACAUCUUCUUGGCGUACUUUGCGUAACUAGUGUGGAAAAACUUCCUGCGGAGCCGUUAUUAAAUCACGAAAUCUAGGAAAUUGAAUUGAUCACCAAAUAUCUAGACCCCUUAUUGAAUGGAAUGUUGAUCAAUCAUGAUAAAAACCAUAGUUUCAUGUGGACGAACACGCAAGGGACCGGCACAGACGACGAGUGUCCCGAUGCAGAGAUGUUCUUUUUGAAGCAAAGAACAGCGGACUAUACAGUCGGUUACUGCGAAGUGAAAAUUAAUGAAAGUAACAGCAACUCUCUCGACAUUCACUAUGACAUGCUAUGUUUAACUAAAUUUGGAAAGAAUAUUUGUGACGAAGAAAACUUGGAGAGUGCCCUAAUGAUUAUGGUAGUUGGAUUUAAGCUGGUUUUUUAUAUGAUUGUGUUGCGCAACAGCAACUUUUAUACAAUGUUCAAAAUAUACAGCAUCGAUGUUCCCCAGUCAUUUAAUUCUCUUCCAAUUCUGAUGAUAAGCAUCCACAAAAUCAAGCAAAUCAUUCAUAUGUAUGAAAGUCAUUGUGUCAAGAGACCUCCUGAGUCCCCAAAAAGACGAAUAAGCAGAUCAAUGAGUAAGAAAGAGUACAGCCAGAUUAUCAACUCUAUGAAACCAAAAAAGAUGAAACCUUCAUUGAGUUUCAAGUGAUACCAAAAAAACUAAACUUAGUCACCAUAAUAAAGAUCAUUGUGGUUGUGUUUAUCAUUGUCGCUAUCUUUGUAAUGAAUAUCUUCAAUUUAUAUUAAAUAAAAGUCAUGCUGCCCAAAUCGUAAAAA